AUGAAUGAAUAUUGGAAUUGUUAGGGGUUUCAGGAUAGAAAUCCUAGUAGCUUUGAUUAAUAAGGGAAUCAGUUUAUUUAACUAAUUAUUACAAACCUAUCACUUAUCUUAGAUCAUUUCAAUGAACAAAGGUUUUUGAAUGUCCUACCACCUCUUGCUGAAAUAACUGUGAGAAGCUUCCAUUAUGAAGCGAGAAAGUUGGCAUAAAGUUCCGAUGAACUAUAAGAAUAUAUUACUCAAUAUAUGUUAGUUGAUGGGAAAGCAGUAAAGCUUAAUGACGCAUUCCAAUAACAGGAAAAAAAGAAAUCUGCUUAGCUUUUACUACAGAUCAUAGACAUGGCUAAGGGAACCAUCCGUGAAUGGUAAAAUUUCCGUCAUCAGCAAAUAGAUACAACCAUAUUUCAAGAGAAAGUCGAUUUAUUGUGUUAGAAUUUCUAAUUAGAAUAGCGCUAAAAUUGUUGCAAUGUAUGCUAACUUAUUUGAUAUUUAUUUUAUACAAAAAUUUUAAAUCUAUGGUAUAUA